CCCCCUACGCUGGGUCUCCGGCCCACGCGUGGCCCGGCUGGUCUGCGGAGCUAGCGCCAGGGCCGCCAGAGGGCGCCCGGGGCGGAGGAUGGGGCGGGAGCUGGGGAAGCCCGGGAGGUGGUGGCCGAGUGGGCGCCGCCCCUCUGGGUCUGCGGCUCAGGUCGAAGGGUCGGCUGCGUGGGCCGGGGAAUCCGGAUUCCGGGGGUUCAACGCCCAGGGGUUCCAUGAGCCGCUACUGUUCUCGGACGCCCGGCCGGCCCCGACGCACUCGUCCUAGCACCCCUCCCCUGUCCGGUCCUCCGGCCCCUCCGCCGUCGCCCCUCCGGGGUCUAGCCGGGCGGGGCUGCUCCAGGGUCGCGGCUGGCGCGGGUCCCCGGGCCCUGGCCCUCCGGUGCCCUGGGCCAAGGACAGAAAACUUGAGCAUCCACGCGCAGGGGUGGGGAGCAGGAUCCCACUCUGGGGGUGCACUGCCCCGCCCUCUCCGGGUCUGCCUCGGCCCCGCCCGGGCCUCAGGCCCCGCCCCCUCCCCUCCGCCGGCCCGAGAGCCCCGGGGGCCGCUGCAGCCGCCCAAGCGCCCGCCAUGCGCGUUGCCCCCGCCGCGCCGCUGCUCCAGCUGCUGCUCCUGCUGGGGCCGUGGCUGGAGGCUGCGGGCGUUGCGGAGUCGCCGCUGCCCGCCGUGGUCCUUGCCAUCCUGGCCCGCAAUGCCGAACACUCGCUGCCCCACUACCUGGGCGCUCUGGAGCGGCUGGACUACCCCCGGGCCAGGAUGGCCCUCUGGUGUGCCACGGACCACAAUGUGGACAACACCAAAGGUGUUAGUGCUUUGGGGUCAAGGCUGCCUUGGGGUUCAAUCCUGUGGCUGUGCCCCCUCAGCCUUUUUUCUUCCCGUCCCCAGGUGUGCCACGGACCACAAUGUGGACAACACCACAGAGAUGCUGCAGGAGUGGCUGGCGGCUGUGGGCGAUGACUAUGCUGCUGUGGUCUGGAGGCCUGAGGGCGAGCCCAGGUUCUACCCAGAUGAAGAGAGUCCCAAGCACUGGACCAAAGAAAGGCACCAGUUUCUGAUGGAGCUGAAGCAGGAAGCCCUCACCUUUGCCAGGAACUGGGGGGCCGACUAUAUCCUGUUUGCAGACACAGACAACAUUCUGACCAACAAUCAGACUCUGCGGCUUCUCAUGGGGCAGGGGCUUCCAGUGGUGGCCCCAAUGCUGGACUCCCAGACCUACUACUCCAACUUCUGGUGUGGGAUCACCCCCCAGGGCUACUACCGCCGCACAGCUGAGUACUUCCCCACCAAGAACCGCCAGCGCCGGGGCUGCUUCCGUGUCCCCAUGGUCCACUCCACCUUCCUUGUAUCCCUGCGGGCUGAAGGGGCAGACCAGCUUGCUUUCUACCCGCCACAUCCCAACUACACUUGGCCUUUCGACGACAUCAUCGUCUUCGCCUAUGCCUGCCAGGCUGCUGGGGUCUCCGUCCACGUGUGCAAUGAGCACCGUUAUGGGUACAUGAAUGUGCCGGUGAAAUCCCACCAGGGGCUGGAAGACGAGAGGGUCAACUUCAUCCACCUGAUCUUAGAAGCACUAGUGGACGGCCCCCGCAUGCAGGCCUCAGCUCAUGUGACUCGGCCCUCUAAGAGGCCCAGCAAGAUAGGGUUUGACGAGGUCUUUGUCAUCAGCCUGGCUCGCAGGCCUGACCGUCGGGAACGCAUGCUCGCCUCGCUCUGGGAGAUGGAGAUCUCUGGGCGGGUGGUGGACGCUGUGGAUGGCCGGAUGCUCAACAGCAGUGCCAUCAGGAGCCUCGGCGUAGACCUGCUCCCGGGCUACCAGGACCCUUACUCGGGCCGCACUCUGACCAAGGGCGAGGUGGGCUGCUUCCUCAGCCAUUACUCCAUCUGGGAAGAGGUGGUUGCCAGGGGCCUGGCCCGGGUCCUGGUGUUUGAGGAUGACGUGCGCUUUGAGAGCAACUUCAGGGGGCGGCUGGAGCGGCUGAUGGAGGAUGUGGAGGCAGAGAAACUGUCUUGGGACCUGAUCUACCUCGGACGGAAGCAGGUGAACCCUGAGAAGGAGACGGCCGUGGAGGGGCUGCCGGGCCUGGUGGUGGCUGGGUACUCCUACUGGACGCUGGCCUAUGCCCUGAGCCUGGCGGGUGCCCGCAAGCUGCUGGCCUCACAGCCUCUGCGCCGCAUGCUGCCCGUGGACGAGUUCCUGCCCAUCAUGUUCGACCAGCACCCCAACGAGCAGUACAAGGCACACUUCUGGCCACGGGACCUGGUGGCCUUCUCCGCCCAGCCCCUGCUCGCUGCCCCUACCCACUAUGCCGGGGACGCCGAGUGGCUCAGUGACACGGAGACAUCCUCUCCAUGGGAUGACGACAGCGGCCGCCUCAUCAGCUGGAGCGGCUCCCAAAAGACCCUGCGCAGCCCCCGCCUGGACCUGACUGGCAGCAGCGGGCACAGCCUCCAACCCCAGCCCCGAGAUGAGCUCUAGGUCCAGGUGAUGACUGCAAAGCAGUGUCCAGGAGCAGGCCACUACUGCCCAGAGAGCAGAGGAGGAGGUUGUUGGCAGGGACUGCAGAUCCUGUCAGACCUGGCCACCACCUUGGGCAUGGCCACUCUGCCCUCUGGACCUGUCUUUCAUCGGGAGAAACCACUCAGAGAUGGAUCCCAUUCCCUAAAGGUCUCACAGCAAAGGAGCAGGACUCCCAGGCCCCUGUAUCCUGCCUGGCCUGAUUCAGGGCCUCGUGGCCCCCAGCUUCUGUUUCAAGCUGGGCAGACCCCAGGAUCCCUUCCCUCCCUAAGGACUCAGCUGAGGGGCCCCUCUGCCCCCUUCUACCUCCACCUCAGCACCCUCCCCCAGCUUGAUGUUUGGGUCUCCCCAGCACCCUCCUCCCUGGCCGGUGCAAAGUACAGGGAGGUAAAGGAGGACCCUUGCAGACCUGUUGCCCAGCACACAGUAGGCCCUCAAUAAAAGCCAUUUGCACUUUAAA